CCGCUGUGUCCGGUUCUCGUGCCCUCUGAGGCGCUGCGCGGACCGGAGAACCGAGCGGGGGAUGAACACUGGAGCGUAGUUUCCUCACCCUUUGAAGAUCUCUGCUUGCUGUCAGUGAAUGUAAACAUCCUUGUUUACUGUCAGAGCCCAAAAAUGUGUAAGGUCUAAUACGUCUCACAGUUGAGGAUUCGUUACAGUUUUGUCUCCAGUCUAAACCAAUCCUCUAUAAGAAGAAAUUGAAAGAAAUGGCGUUUGCUCCACCUAAGAACGCGGAGGGAGCGAAGCUGCAAACCAAGAUGAGCACGUGGACCCCGCUAAACCACCCGCUGAUGAACGACAAGGUGUUUGAAGAAAGAAGAGCUUUACUUGGAAAGUGGUUUGACAAGUGGUCGGACGCCCAGAGACGCCACGUCCUAGGCGACCUGUUCGAGAGAUGCAGCGUGUCCCAGCUCAGGUUCUGCAGCUGCCAUCUCCAGGAGAAAGCCCCCAGAGACUCUGUGGAUUUCACCUCCGUGCUCCCCAGGGUGCUCAGCCUCUACAUCUUUUCCUUCCUGGAUCCUCGCAGCCUCUGCCGCUGUGCACAGGUGAGCUGGCACUGGAAGACCCUAACAGAACUGGACCAACUCUGGAUGCCAAAAUGCCUACGCUUUGGUUGGUACGUCAAUUUUUCCCCGACUCCUUUCGAGCAGGGCGUUUGGAAGCGACAAUACAUAGAGAUGGUGAAAGAGCUUCACGUGACAAGACCCAAGACUCCUCCGAGGGACGAUUUUGUAGUUAUCGACGUUCAGCCAAUUACUAAAGAUGUUUUGGACCCAAAAUGGACAUCUCUGUAUUCUUACCGGUCCAUGAAGUCACACGAGAAGGGGAAGAAGGAGCUCCCACCAUGGCGGUCCUCUGACAAACACCCCACCGAUACCAUAAGAUUCAACUAUCUGGACAACUUCGAUCCCAUCGAGCAAGCUCGGCAGGCGCGGAAGUCCGGGGCUGGGACCGCAGUCCUCAACAAGCAGAACCUAGAGAAAACCAAGAGACCGUCCUCCGCAUCUUACAAGCUGCGCAAGGCUAAAUCACUGAUGUCGAUUUCGGCUGAAUUUGGAAACCUAGGCAAGCCCCCCGGCAGACCGAGCUGGGCCGCCCACCAGUCUGGAGAAUACCCAGUGAACAAGACGACUGCUAAGAGCCUGGCGCAGAGUACAGAGUGGAACGCUGGCAUACGCCCUGCGCCCGUACGAUCCGGGGUCCCCACACUGUCUGAGAAGGGAAGGAAAGCCUGCACCCGGACAUCCAGGAGCCCCCCAACUGUGUCCCUCUUUGAGAGUCAGCCCUGGCAGGUGCCCGCCUCAGACCACGGCUCCGACGAGGACUAGGAAGCGCAGACGCCAUUAGCACCUGUAUGGGACCGACCUGCUCCAAGCACCUGCCGACCAGUCCUGCCCCCUGUAGACAAGGUGCAGCCUCAUACAUCAUCCCCGGCCUCAGAUAUCAUCUCCCCCCAGUCCUUGUGAUUUACAACAUGAUGCCUGGAGGCGGGGGGCUAAGAUUGGGCCCUCCGGGGGCAGGUACCUGUACUACACCUGACCUCCUUGAUCUCAUAUUCCUGUGUAACCGGAGGAGGUAAUCACAUCAGGAAAUGUAAGGGUCAAAUCUUCUUAAAGGAGCAGAUACAAAAGAUCAGGAGACAAUGGACAUUGUGAUGUAGAUUUCGUUUUUUAAUAUACAGAAAAAUGCAAAUUAUUAUUAUUUUUUAUUUUUAUUUAUUUUUUUGUUUUUUUUUUUCAUGUAAAUUGUGAACAUUUAUGGAAUAAUGAAACAAAUCUCAUCAGUAAAACCGCUUUAUGAAAGAAAGCAAACCUGGCGAUCAGCUCUCAUCUCAGGGAAAGGAAGUGGCGGCCACUGCUGGGGAAAUGGAGUAUUACAUGGCGGUCACAUGUUUGACGGCCUGACCACGUCCCGGGCCACCUCGAGGACUCUGAUAGUGAGACAGUUCUUCCUAUAGAUUUAACCCCUUAAAUCCCAUCAUUUCCAUAAUGUCACAUCUCCAUACACAUAAGAUAACCAUUGUUUAGCCCACAGCUGUCCUCCCGAUAAAGAUGGUCACACAAGGGGAUGAGGGACUGCCAUACACCCCCUGAUGCCGCUUAUCUCCUGGAACAAAAGACUUGAGACCUGGAGGGACAAGUAUCAGCCGGUAAUUAGCGGUGACCAGUCAGAAUCCGGCUGUUUGUACAGGGGUUUACAAAUGGAUCAGCUUUCACCAGCGGCCAUUUUGCCGCCCUUACACACUAGAUACACGCCCUUCCUAGGUCAGGUCACCACCAUUGUCCAAAUCUCCCUCCACGCACCAGUUGAACCCUCACUCCAUUGUGAAGGACAAAUAUGUAGUUUCAGCAAAUACGGCUUAUUUUUCCUCAGGGUGCUUGCUGUAGCCAUUCCUCAUGAUCCCUGCUUGCUGUCAUUCCAUAGGGACCUUCAUUGUUGACUCGCAGUGAAAACAACCCUGCACUGGCCACGUGAUGGACACACAAGUGCGCAGUACAGAUAUCAGAGCUAUGGACGUAAAUAAUGCAGGUUUCUAUUAAAUGGCAGCAAGCAGAGGUCUUGAAACUGUGAGAAAUAAAUGCAGAGAGUAUAUUGGUAAAUUGUAUAUUAGAUGUAUUUGCUGAAACUGGGAUAACCUUUUAAUGCUUAAUGGAAAAGGAAAGGAAAGCUCCCAGAUAACUAUCAGAUCGGUGGGGUCCUACCACCAGCAGAAUAGUGAGUGCAGCUCUGGA